GAGCGGAAGUGGAGCCGCUGCGGGGAGGUGGGGCGGGCGCGCGCGCCGAGGCUGUGCGAGCGGCUGACAUGGCGCACUUGGGGCGUCUCCUGGUUCCCCUGGCAGCCCUGGUCCUGUUGCUCUGGGCGGUCCCUGGGGCCCACGGGCGGCGGAGCAACGUGCGCGUCCUCACCGACGAGAACUGGACCUCCUUGCUGGAAGGAGAGUGGAUGAUUGAGUUUUAUGCUCCCUGGUGCCCUGCUUGCCAGAAUCUUCAGCCAGAAUGGGAAAGUUUUGCUGAAUGGGGAGAAGAUCUUGAGGUUAAAGUUGCAAAAGUGGAUGUCACAGAGCAGACAGGACUGAGUGGACGGUUUAUUAUAACUGCUCUUCCUUCUAUUUACCAUUGUAAAGAUGGUGAAUUUAGGCGCUAUCUGGGCCCAAGGACUAAGAAGGAUUUCAUUAACUUCAUAAGUGAGAAGGAAUGGAAGAAUGUUGAACCUGUUUCAUCAUGGUUUGGUCCAAGCUCUGUUCUGAUGACAACUAUGUCAGCACUUUUCCAGCUCUCCGUGUACAUCAGGACUAGCCACAGCUAUUUUGUUCAUGACCUUGGAAUACCGGCGUGGGGCUCAUACCUGGUCUUUGCUUUCGCGACUGUGUUCUCAGGACUGCUGUUGGGACUUUGUAUGAUAUUUGUGGCAGACUGCUUUUGCCCUUCAAAAAGGCGCAAACCACAGCAACACCCCACAAAAAAACCAUCACCAGAACUUUCUCAACCUCUGAAAAAAGUGGAGGAGGAGCAAGAGGCUGAUGAAGAAGAUGUUUCAGAAGAGGAAACAGAAAAUAAAGAGGGAGCAAGCAAAGACACUCAACAGAGUGGCCUAAGACAGCGCUCUGUGGGCCCGUCACUGGCCACAGAUAAAUCCUAAUUUUUACAGAUGUCUUACUAUUAUGGUUUUGACAAAACAGAAGGUUGAUGAUCAUUGCUCUGUUUCGAAGUGAAUUUGACUUAUUGUAUAUACAGUCUAGGUUGUCAUUAGGUUGGACAGUUUUCAUUCAGGAAAUAAAAGCAGUUACGCGUAACAGUUUGAAAUAUGAUUUAAGAAUAUUAUGAUGGUUUAAAGUUGCUUAAUUCAGAAGAUCCUGGUGCCAAGCAGUGAGAUUUGUGUUUAUAUUUAAUAAUCUGUUUUGUGUAAAAUUCAGAACUGCCUUUCCCAAGCUUCGCUUUACUGGGUAUUUAAGAAAAUUACUUUAGAGAGAGACUUCUCAUUUCACAUCAUUUUUCUCAGUUUCACUGUGUGAAAAAAGGAACAUAUUUCCCCUAAGUGGGAACGUUGCCCAUUGUCUCGAGAUGUGUACUUCAUUGAUAACGCUGUGCUUAGGUAGAGUCCAAAAUUUCCUCAUAAAUUUUGGAGUAUACAGCUAACAAAACUACCUUACUUUAUAGCUUUCAUAUCUACGCAUUACAUUUAGGAUAUGCUGCUGAUUUAAGAUGUUUUUAUAAGUCUGGCAUUGUAAUAAUUCUUAAGAUUGGUGGCCUGUUUUGGUUUCUUGUUCACUUUAUAAAUUUUUUUUAAUUUGCCAUGUGUUACAUUUUUAAGUCGGAUAAAGGUAACAGUAUCACUGUUGUGUUUACUGUGGGUGAACAGUACUUUUCUAUUGUUUUGAGUUGAAGUUUACUGAGAGAACCAUCCAAUUGAACUGUUUACUUGAAAAGGUACAAAUGUGGCUAUACAUUCCAGAUUUUAAAUUAUAACUGUUAAGUGAUCUUGAAGAUUUCUUUGCUUUUCUCUUUUUAAUGUGAAGGUGAAAUUUUCUGAUUUUUAAAGUUUGAUGUGGAAAAGCUUUGGCAUUUUAUAUUUUGGAAAUUCAAAGCUUAAUUUGUUGUAAAAUGAAGUCUGCAUUCUACUCAAGAAACAGCUAUUACUGUGUGUUUUUAUUGUAUCUCUGUCCUCUACAGUUUCUUGAUGGAUUUUCUAGUCAGUAUAUUGCUUUGUUUGAAAAUUGUAACAUUGUUAUGUUUUAAAGACAAAUUUCAUGUUGUAUUCCUGACUGCUAGUACUGUGCAUCUCACAAGUGGAAAUCAGCAAGAUGGACUACAUCGAUUUCAUGUUACAGCAAGGGAAGAGGGUAGCGGGAGACCGUCUUGAUGCCUGUAAGGGGGAAAGCUGACUAAGCUCUCAGAAUGAGUCAUCCGGCCUUUAUGGAAUAGACGGUUUCUGCGACACUCCCGCCCCUUACAUUCUGUGUGAGUCUUAGACUUGCAGUGUUGUGAUGUGUGACAGCUUCCUUUUAGGCCUCUCCUUUAUAAUAUUAAAUGUUCUGCUGUCAGAGUUUGGAUAUGUAGUUUGUGGUGGCUUAGAAAAAUAUUCUAAGCAUAAAAUAAAUGUUUCUAAGCACUUCA